GUCAUCGGCUAUUCUCGGCCAGGUCAAGGCUAGCUGCAUUAAGACUAGGGACCUAAUGUAUUAGAUCUAACCGUUUACGGAAAUCAUUAAACGCGCUCGACGCGUCUUUUUCAAGAGUCAAGGCUCAUUGGCCGGUAGAGAUAACAUUGGACAGCUUCUCUUUGCAUGAGUUCACCAGACUCGCAUCAACCAUUUUAUGGCGAUUGUGCCCCAUCGUGAUGACUGAUUAAUUCCCGACAGAAUUCUGUCACCAUGGAUGUCGACGCCGCCCCUGUAGGACGAGACGUUCAAGUUGUUGACCCCGAAGUUCGCGCACAUGUCUACAGUCUCGUCACUGCGCUCGGUGGCUUCAAUGGCGAAGAUGCGUCAAAAUACUGCCUGGGCGACGACGCCUUGGCCUGUUUGCGCGAUAUCAGAAAGUGGCUCAAAUUAUACGAUGACAAAACGAAUCGACUAGAUGUUGCACGUUGCUUGGCAGAGGCGAAUCUAGUGAAUGGAGAUUUACUGCCUAUUCUCACUCUCUGUCGCGAGACUACGGGCAGUAAGAAGAAGCAUUUGGCGAGAAUUGCACUGGCGUGCUUGGAAUUACUGGUCCCAUUGACUUGGCCAGUGGAAAUUCAUAGUCAGAUGACCGUCAACCACCAUCGCCAUACCCCAUACCUACAGCAAGCCCAAGUACAAUACAAGCGAGGGAUACUAGACAGGCAGGCUGGCUCACAUGUUCUCCGAUCUGUGAUUCAAAUAGCCUUGCCUAGUUUAGCUCUUCCUAAAUCCGAACGAACGAACAGAGAUGAUGGAAUUUUGAAGCUGAUGUUAUAUCUUUGCCGAAAUGUUGCCAUGAUCUCACCACUCAGAGGCCUAGCUGCUGAAGGUGACGAGGAAGAAACAUCAAGGUCUGCAACUAUCAAUGCCUUUCAAACGCAGGAUGUCUUUGCACUUUUGCUCACCAUGAGUUCUAAUAUGGGAGACGACUUCAAUUUUCAGGACGUCAUUAUUUUGGAGAUUUUGUUCCAUCUCGUCAAGGGGGUCGACGUGCACAAACUCUUUAUGGAUGACGCGCAACGUAGCGACAAGUAUAAGGAAGAGUUGAACGAUCUUUUAAGGAAGGAGACCGGCGUGAGUAGGGAGUACGCCAAGACUGCACCGACUCGACACGCACGCUUUGGAACCAUGAUAUGGGUGAAACGAGAUGAUGCAAAAGUCUCAACUGUUUCGGGUCAGGAUGUUCUUAAAAACGGACAGGCUGCUUUCAACAAGAUGGAUCAAACAAAGAAGUGGAAUCGUCCCAAACAUGUUGGACGUAAACGAGAGGUAGAGGCUGCGAGUGGUGACUUUAACGCGACGACACAUCUCACAUCUGCUGCAACUAAGAACCUUCGCACAUUCGUGGAGGAAUUCUUAGACACCGGCUUUAAUCCUCUAUUUACCCAUGUUAGAAAAGCUAUCGAACGCGAAGCCAACAGAGUAUUGGACGUCAACACACGACAGUUUCUCUACUUGGUUUCGUGGUUUCUUCUAGCUGAACGCGUUCGCCGCAGCUCUCAACGAAAGCGACAUGAAAAGGACAAGGGGACCUCCAGGGAAAUCGAGCCGGAUAGCUUCUCACUCGUUGCAGGUGUGCUCAACCAAGAGACUUUUAUUUUCUUGAACCGCGCAAUGCAAUACAGCUUUGACCAUGGAGAUUGGCAAGAUCUUAACGCUAAUUUGCGCUGCUUCAGUCAGAUCCUGUUGACAGUUCAAGAGAUGGCUGCAUCGCCGCUUGAAGACGAUCAGGAAAUUGCGGAAAAUAUCCAAAACCGUAUCUUCUAUGAGGAGACAACUCACGAUAGAAUUAUAUCGAUUGUAAGAGGAUACAAGGAUCAGGGAUUUGGAUAUCUGGAUGCUUGCACUGAGCUUUUGCACGUUUUUGUGAAAAUGCUUGAGAAUUAUUCAAAAGAGAACACGGAUAUGCAAAUUCGAUCGAAGCGACGAGCAAAACGCGCAAAGAAGGACAGUUCUGAGAAUAAGAAAACAGAAAAUGCCGAAAGAAAUGAAUCGGAAGAGGAGGAACUUUUGGAUGCUGCUCGGGUGUCUAAAGAACGGAAAUUCGAUUUCAAACGAUUUGCGUCUAGAUUUUGCAACCAGAAGAGUAUCGACGCUUUCAUGCAAUUUACAACAUUCUAUCGCGAGCUCGAUGAUGAGCAAUUGAAACGGGCGCAUCGAUUUUUCUAUCGGGUUGCAUUUAAACAAGACAUGAGCAUUCUUCUAAUGCGUGUCGACAUUUUGAAUCUCUUCUACCGCAUGAUCAAGGGCCCUGGAGCACUCGAUAAUGCCAAACCCAUAUAUCGAGAGUGGGAAGAAUUAAUUAAACAACUGACCAGAAAGAUGACAAAGAAACUCGAUCAACGACCUGCUCUUAUCACAGAAAUGCUCUUCAGCAAGAUCAACUCCACUCUAUACUUUCUAGAAUAUGGCCACGAGAAACAAACGGUAUCUGCCGGCGCCACAAGGGCUCCUGCUGAGCUUGAAAUCAAUCCUCGCGUCGGUAUUUCAAGAGAUUUGCAUUUGAGUAUUGUCGUGGCCGCUCUAGUUCUGGACGGCCGUGCGGAUCUCGUCAAAGGGAUUAGUGAAACGCUGCGAUCAGCGGCAGCAGAGCGCAGUACCUGGGAAGCUGAAUAUGAGACUGGGCUAUUAGGAAUACCUGAUGUGGAUUUACCCCCUAAUCCCACACCUAUUGAUGUCAAAGCCAGUGACGACUCAAUGCGAACGGCCAUGUACAGAAACGGUAGGCUGCGCUUGCUUAUGCGGUUAGUCGGGCUGGAACGUCUAGGGACAGAGGACAUAAUGGGAGCCCCCUGGAUAGUGCCCUCAGCAUUGACAUCGAAAGAGCUAGAGGAAGUCAAGUCAAUCAUCGACAAAUGCCUUGAAAAUCCUGCUACUGAAUUUGAUGGACAGGAUCCCCGCGACCAAAUCCGACGUAUACCUACAGCCGAACCGAAAGAAAUGCAGCACCAAUCCACUCUAGAUGUUCAUUUUGAACAAUUAAAGAAGAACAGGCGCAAGCGUCGACGUGACGAGGACAAAGAACCCUUGGAUGACGAAACUCUCGAAGAGCGCCGUCGCAACCGCGAGGAAAAUGCAAGAGAAAGACAGGCUAAGAUCAAGAGCGAUCUCUUCGUUCAUGACAGCGACGACGAGUCAGAUGAAGAUGCCGAUCGCGACUUCUUCGAGCGCGAAGAAAUGACGCGAAAGGCCCAGGACCAACGCAUCCGAGCAGCCUUAGUGUCCAAGGCUCUAGAAGAGGACGCUGUAGCUGAAAAGCAGAAAGGGAAAAGAGCCACAAACCGACGGGCAUUCAGGCUUGAUGACAAUGAUGAUGAAGAAGAAAAUGAAGAUGAGAUUAUUGAAGUUCGCAAGAAGCCGCGCGCUACUCGCGGUGGCUUUGAGAUGGACGAGCCGGCUGAUGAUAAUGACGACGACGAGGAUGUCUUGAUGUCAGGUGUUGCUGAGACCAAUGCCUCGACCACCUGGCAAGGUCAUGCAGAGAAUGAGACUCCUCCUACUUCUGCGGAGGACGAGUGGGAUCUCGACAAAGAGCUCGACCUGCAUAAGGAUUUAGAGCAUCCUACAACCGCUGCUGGCGAUAGUCACAGUGAGGAUGAAGCGCCAGUUCAGGGAACCCGGAGGAGGAGGACUGGUUUUGUGCUUGAUAGUGAUUCAGAGUAAGGUUUCAUGAUGUAUAUAUUUAAUGGUUAAAUUGUUGAUCUGCAUGACGGACGGGCUGGAAUAUGACAUUGAUGGCUGGAGUUAUAUAAACCAUCGAGAUGCCAUUUAAUCAAAUAAUGGUGAUGGCUGGGUGUAAUGUGAUCUUACAAAUUUAGAAAUUGCGAGUGGAGCACAAGCCCGAAGACGCAAUUGUCACCUACGAGUUUUACUGGCAGGUAUAUUGAUGCUAUUGGUUAGGGCUAUAGAGACCACGUGCACUUUUUUCCUGAUCAGUAACCAUAAUAAGAUGC